AUGCGCUGGGCCGACAAUUACACUUUACAGCACCGCAUUCCGCCUUCGGUUGCUCGCGCGCACGCCUCUACUAAACAAGGUCCCGCAUCCACAAAAGGCGCUUUGCCACUCACUGCCUGUCUCCGACCAAAACCAAUCCUCCUUCUUCCUGCACCUGCAUCCUCAUCCUCAUCCUCGAAUACUCCCAUCUUGACCCCGGGUUCCAACAAUUCCAAGCACCCACGCGCCACCACCAUGGGCAGCAGCUGGAACCCCUUUUCCGUGUCGCCCAACCGGCGCUCGUCGUCCUACCGCCCGGGCUAUGCCUCCUCGUCGUACUCGUCGUCGUCGCGCCACCACAGCUCGACAUCGCGAUACAAGCGCUCACCCCGCGACAACUACAUGCAGCACCUGUACAAGAAGCUACAGCACUUCCUGCGCGAAAUCUGGCGCUAUGCCCAGCGCCACCCUUACAAAGUCUUCUUCAUGAUCAUCAUGCCCCUCGUCUCCGGCGGCGUGCUACACAAGCUCGCCCGCCAAUUCGGCGUCAAUCUCCCCCAAGCGGGCAACAACAACCCCCAGCACCGCGGUAGCUCCGCCGGCGGAUACUACGGCAGCCAAGGCUACGGCCGCGACACAUAUACCUCUUCUUCCUCCUCCCGACGGAGCGCCCCCGCUCCUGCCAACGGCGGCGGCGGCAUGAUGGCCAGCCUGCAAAACAUAGACAUGGACAAGGUGGCUGGCGGCAUCGGCGGCCUGGCAACCAUAGCGAGUAUGGCGUCUAAAUUCGUCUAA